CCGCCUCUUUUGCUAUCUCUCAUCUUCUUCUACUUUUUCCCUUGCAAUUGCAAUUGCCAUCGGUGGGGGACUUUUCCGAUUCGUACUCCAUCAUAUUCGGAUUCUUUGGCGCUUCAGUUCUAGGGUUUUAGAGAAUAUCAAAAUCGCCUUCGAAUCUCCAGUUAAGAGUAGCCAGUAGAAGACAUGACAACAGCAGCUCGACCCACGUGGGCACCUGCAAAAGGUGGUCAGGAACAAGGUGGUACUCGAAUUUUUGGUCCAUCCCAGAAAUACUCUUCAAGGGAUCUUGCUUCUCACACAGCUCUAAAGCCCAGGAAAGAAGGGCAGGAUACCCAUGAUGAAUUGCAGAAGAGGAACCUCCGAGAGGAGCUGGAAGAGCGUGAAAGGAGGCAUUUUUCUUCAAAGGAUAAGGCCUAUGCUGAAGAUAGAGACCGAAGAAAAGGAGCAAGUGCAGGCCACCUUCUAUUGGAAGGGGCGAAAAGAGAUGCUGAAGACCGGCUUGUUCCACGCAAUGUAGAUGCUGAUGAUUCUGAUGCGGAUGUCAAAAGUGAAGAUGAGAGUGAUGACGACGACGACGAUGAGGAUGAUGCAGAAGCUCUAAUGGCUGAGCUUGAACGAAUUAGGAAAGAAAGAGCUGAGGAGAAACUACGAAAGGAUCGGCAAAAGCAGGAAGAGGAGCUGAAGGUCAAAGAAGCAGAACUGAUCCGAGGCAACCCUCUCCUCAACAAUCCGACUUCCUUCAACGUCAAAAGAAGGUGGGAUGAUGACGUUGUCUUUAAGAACCAGACUCGUGGGGAAACCAAGGCUCCCAAGCGUUUCAUCAACGACACUAUCAGGAAUGAUUUCCACCGCAAAUUUCUGCAGAAGUAUAUGAAAUAGGUUUCUGUUGGAAAUUGUUAUGUAAGCAAAAGGAUGUACCGGUUUUCAGGUCUGCAACUGAUUAUCUGUAUCAAAUAUAUGAAUUGAUUGGAGAUUCUUAUGAUUGCUUAAGACUCUGGUGCAACCUGCUUUCUUUGA